UGAAUAAAUAGGCGGUUACCGCAGUCAAGAUCAAGAAUCAAGAUCAUAGUAAGAGAGAAAUCAUGACGACGACGAUCUUCCACAUCCCUUGCGACUCCCGCGUGGUCCGCACCACGGUCACCUCCGUGCCGUCCGUGGCACGGGGAUGGGUCCACUGCAUCCACCGCUGCGGCGCAUACCGCCGCGGCCGCCUCGUGGCGGGGCUGGGCGUGCAGUGGGUGUCCGGGCAGGCCGCGACGCUCCAGCUGUGCGUGGGGUCUCGUUGCCUGAUCUUCCAGCUCCACCACGCCGACCACUGCCCCGACGUCCUGCGCGGCUUCCUCCUGGACUCGAACGUCAUCCUCGUCGCGCUGUGGGACCGCGGCGUCGCGGGCAUGCUGAUGAACUCGCCCCACGCUCUCCAGGUGGGCUGGCUCGUGGACGUGCGGAUGGCGGCCCACCAGCUGAGGGGGUGCGACCGGGGAGCCACGAUGGGGCAGCUGGCGGAGGAGAUAUUGGGGAUUCACGGGAUGACCAAAGAUGAGGCGGUGGGAUGCAGCGACUGGGAGGAUGAGGAGCUCACGUGGGAGCAGGUCCAGUAUGCGUGCCAUGAUGUUCUUCUUGCUUACUUGAUGGCCUUGGAGCUUCGCUUUUGGCCGGAAUAGCUACCAACACCAUUAUCAUUCCUUUUGUUUUCUAUGUAUUUCAUGAAAUUAAUUAAUGGUUGUUGAUAUGAUUGUCAAGGAACAAUCUACGAUUUUUCUUGGCUUGCUUUGUUUUUUUUUGGU